AAUUUUCCCCCGUCCCGAAGCCCCGUAUGGUAAUAUCGCCAGUUGGUCUCCACUCUCCACAAAAACGCACUACCAAUUGACCGUUGGAGACCCCUCCUCGUCUGUAACUUGUCCGAAACUGCAACGUUCGCCUUCCGAUCACUCGCGAGCAACAAUGGUGACUCAGAGGAGUAGAGCUCCAGAAAAUGUUAACAUCCUCGGAGAGCAACAGCAACGAGAAACCAUGGGGAAAGAGGAUGGCGGUGCCCUCCAGCUUUCGGAGUACGAACUGUCUAGAGAAGAGAGAAUUAAAGAGAAUCGGGAGAGGAUGCAAAAGCUUGGGAUUGUUGAUCUUUCUCUCAAACUCAAGGCUCUCAGACCAACUCCGAACAGAGGCUCUCACCGGAAAACUCCUCAGGUUCACUCCCCGUUGCCUCCUUCUGGCCCCGUCCGCCGCUCCUCCAGGCUACAGAACUCAACACCAGUUAGCUACUGCGAAGAAGUGCAUGUCCGAAAGAAAGAAGGAUCGUUGAAUGAUGAUGAUUUGCUUAGAGAGGUGCGAUCAAAACCUGAAAUUUAUACUAGAGAGGUGGGAUCAAAACCUGAAAUUUAUACUAGAGAGGUGGGAUCAAAACCUGAAAUUUAUACCGAGGAACAUGAAAAAUUGCUGGGCAGCACUGAAAUGAGCUGGACCCUUUUUGUUGAUGGAUGCGGUAAAGACGGGAAGCGAAUUUAUGAUCCUGUCAGGGGGAAGACUUGCCAUCAAUGCAGGCAAAAAACUCUUGGUCAUAGAACACACUGCAGCAAAUGCAAGUUGGUUCAAGGACAGUUCUGUGGAGAUUGCUUAUAUAUGAGAUAUGGGGAGAAUGUGCUCGAAGCAAAUCAAAAUCCCAACUGGAUUUGCCCGGUCUGUCGUGGAAUUUGCAACUGCAGUUUGUGCAGGCAAGCAAAAGGGUGGCCUCCAACUGGGUCCCUUUACAGGAAGAUUUCAAAUCUUGGCUACAAGUCAGUGGCACAUUAUCUCAUCCAAACACGAUGCUCAAACACAGAUUCAGAUAAAGAUUUAGGUACUAAGGUCCCAAAUUCUGCUAAGCGAUCACUGCCUUUCUCCAACAUUGAAGUAGUAAGUAAGGGAGAGGAUGACCUUUCUAAAAUCAGCAGUGAAUAUUUUAACACUGAUCCUCAGUCUGAAUUUGAUAAAGAAUUUGGUGAUAUCAAAGUGGCUCCAGAAAGUGGGCCGGAGCCUUUACUGGAGCCUGCUGUUGCCAGUCAGUCGUACGAACAAGUUGAAUAUUCAUUGAGCCCUGAGCCGGAAGAAAAUGUUACCGGAUGUGACACUGAUAAACAAGCCAAACUUUUGGUGGACAUUGAGCAUGGCAAGAGCAGUAUCGAGAUGAAAACUACUACAGAACUGAAGAAGGAGCCAUUCCUUACUGAACCCAAUAAUUUCCAUAAUGGUUUAGUAUCUGAAACUCUUGGAAGAGGCAACGACAAUGAAAUCAAGAAAGAGAACUUAGUUAUGGACAACAAGGAUCUUGUUGCGUCAGAAACAAGUCCAAAAUCCACCAAGAAGCGUGUACUCUGUGAACUACCACCUGAUAGCAUAGCCGCAAGGUUGAGGCAGAGGCGCAACAAGACUAACAACACAAGCAAGGAGCUGGGGUUGGUGAAUACGAUCUACACUAAAAGACAUGCAGAAGAAACCUCGUCAAUAUCCAAUGAAGACAGCAUUGCUAGACGAUUGAAGAUACAACGGAGGGCAUAGAUCGAUGUUGCUCCUUUAUAGACCGGAGCUUUUCUUAAUGCUGCGACAAAUUCUUUUGACAAGUAUAGGGCACCCAUGGUAAUAUUAUUUUGGUACUGGCAACUCAUUGUUUUGUCGUUGGGGAUGCACGUAAAUCCAGCAUGUUGCCUGAAAUCAUUCAACUACCUUAGCACAUCAGUGUUGGAUCCACCACAUUGAAAGAAAUUGUUUUUGAUUAAUCUGUUAGUAGACAAUUUGCACAAUCUUUAUGCUGUCUUAGGAAACUCCUUAUAGUGUUUGAUAUCCAUCCAGCAUGGCAGUAUCUUAUCUCGAACUUGAAAUCUUCGUUUCCUGGAAUCUUGAAUUUCAAGAAAAAUCUUCAUUAGUCUCCUGUGUAGCAUAUAGUAUCAGUGAAAAUUGAUUGGAUGUUCUAAGAUCCCAUUUGGUCCAGACAAUAAACCUUUUCAUUGAGCCCAUCACAUGUCUCCUAACCAGUUUUUUCUAACAAGCCCAGCUCAAUGACCUUGCUGUCCUAUUACAUAUGUUUCUUGCACUUCAUCACAAAAGGAUAAAUGUGUAAAGGAGAAUAUCAUUGCAUUUGACUGACCAAGUAACAAAUAGUGGAGUGAAUAAGUGCUCAUUACCUUGAAAAAGUGAGGUUUACAAAAGAAAACCCCAAAGCAAAAGGGGCAUCCACCCAUACAAAAGAGACCACCUUCUCCUCAAUCACUCUCGUAUAGAGUUUGUUCAAAUUCAAAUUGACAUAAAGCACUAAAGUUAGGCUUUCAAUGUAUAUUAUUUGCUCCUAUAAUCAUCCCACCAUGGAAGAAUACCUUUGUGAAACCAUAUUCAUUCAACUCAUAUACAUACCGUUAAUUUGUUUUCUCUAUGAGCUGAAUAUAUACUAGGCAUGUAGCCAACUUCAAGAAAUUUAUACCUUAAGAAAAUCGAACACGAAACAUCCCCCAAUGAAUCGUUCCUCGAAAAUUUAAUGAUGAUUGAAGACAAGUCGUUGAUCAGACAUCCUAGAUCAACU